CCCAAAUUCAAACCUCGUCUCUGAAACCCGCCUCCAUCUCCAUCUCCAUUGCUGGUGCUUGCUCGCCAAUGGCGGCGCUGGAUCUCCCCUGCGACGGCGAUGGAGUUUGCAUGCGCUGCAGCACGAAGACGCCGGAGGCGGAGGUUGUGCACUGUCAAACCUGCACCACGCCUUGGCACGUCCAGUGCCUCUCCAAGCCUCCUGAAACCAUGGCCGCCGUUGUUGGCUGGCUGUGCCCUGACUGUGUACCCCCUGUUGACGUCGCUGGAGCCGGAGGUGCUGGUUCCGUCUAUGCGCCUUCCACCGCGUCCAGUCAGCUUGUCGCUGCCAUCCGGGCGAUCGAGGGUGAUGCUUCGUUGACGGAGGCGGAGAAGGCGAAGCGAAGGCAGAAGCUGCUUUCUGGUGGUGUGGAGAUGGAUGAGGAUGACGAUGAGGAGGAGGAGGAGGAGGAGGAGGAAGGGGAGGAGGGUAGAAAGCGGAGAACGAGGAAGGGGAAGGAGAAGGAGGAUGCUAUAGAACUUUUUGAUGGGAAGUUUAAGUGUUCAUUUUGCAUGCAGCUUCCGGAGAGGCCUGUGACCACACCAUGUGGUCACAAUUUCUGUUUGAAGUGCUUCCAGAAAUGGGUUGGCCAAGGGAAGCACACUUGUGCAAAAUGUCGCACACAGAUUCCAUCAAAAAUGGCAUCUCAACCAAGAAUUAAUUUAUCACUUGUUGCUGCUAUUAGAAUGGCAAAAACUGCUAAAUCAGUUGUAACUGGUGUCUCAUCUCAAGUAUACCACUUUCUGCGUAAUGAGGAAAGGCCCGACAAGGCAUUCACUACUGAGAGGGCAAAGAGGGCUGGGAAAGCUAAUGCAUGCAGCGGUCAGAUAUUUGUUACUGUACCUCCUGAUCAUUUUGGUCCAAUUCUUGCAGAAAAUGAUCCCAAAAGGAAUCGUGGUCUUCUUGUGGGGGACUUGUGGGAGGAUCGAAUGGAAUGUAGGCAAUGGGGAGCCCACUUCCCUCAUGUUGCAGGUAUAGCAGGUCAAUCAGAAUAUGGCGCACAGUCAGUUGCACUGUCUGGAGGUUAUGCGGAUGAUGAAGAUCAUGGCGAGUGGUUCCUCUAUACUGGAAGUGGUGGGAGAGAUCUUAGUGGAAAUAAGCGAACAAACAAGGAGCAGUCAUUUGAUCAAAAGUUUGAGAAACUUAAUGAAGCACUCCGAGUCAGCUGCAAAAAGGGUUAUCCUGUUCGUGUGGUCAGAUCACACAAGGAGAAGCGCUCCUCAUAUGCACCUGAGCAUGGAGUCCGGUAUGAUGGGAUUUACCGGAUUGAGAAAUGUUGGCGCAAAGUUGGAAUUCAAGGUUUCAAGGUUUGCAGAUAUCUUUUUGUAAGAUGUGAAAAUGAACCCGCUCCAUGGACAAGCGAUGAACAUGGUGAUCGCCCAAGGCCUUUACCAACCAUCAAGGAAUUGAAGAAUGCAACAGAUAUAUCGGAGAGGAAGGAAAGUCCUGCUUGGGAUUUUGAUGAGAAGCAUGGCUGGAAAUGGAUGAAACCUCCACCCGUAAGCAGAAAGCCUGUGGUAACUGGAAAUCCAGAGGAUACGAAAAAAGUAAAGAAAGCAAUUAGGCUUGCUCAAAACAACACUUUUAGGGAGAGGCUUUUCAAAGAAUUUGGAUGCUUUAUAUGCAGAAAAGUAAUGAGCUCUCCCAUGACAACCCCUUGUGGACAUAAUUUCUGCAAGACAUGUUUGCUGGAUGCAUUCUCUGACAAAUCAUAUAUGCGGGAGAGAACCCGUGCUGAUGGGCGUACCCUUCGAGCACAGAAAAUAGUAAAAAAAUGUCCGAGUUGUUCUGUUGAUAUCUCUGAUUUUCUACAGAAUCCUCAGGUCAACAGAGAGCUGAUGGAUUUAAUAGAAUCACUUAAAAAACAGGCUGAGGAGGAGGAAAGAGCUAAAGUUGAUGAUGCUGGGGUUGAUUUGGAUGAAGAAUGUGAUAUUGCUGAGGAUAGAAAGUCUGAUAAAGAAGGGAGUGAUAAUGCGAGUAACAUUAGUGAAGGAGGACCUGGUGAUGAGCAAGCUGAAGAGAAGAAUGGUUGCUAUAAGACAACAUAUAAGAUGAAGAAUGACAAGGCUACACCGAAGGCUAACAAGAAGUUUAAGUGCGAGGAACAAGUUUCGAAUUCAAAGAAAGAUAUUUCUGGUGGGAAAGCUGCUCAUUCCGAGAUGCAGAGGGAGGAAUUUGUGAAUUCAAAAGAAGAUAUUUCCGUUGACAAAGUUACUUAUACUGAGAAACAGGGUGAGGAGGAAAUUAUGAAUACAAAGGCAGAGAUCUCUGUUGAAAAGGUUGCUCAUAAUGAGGCACAGAGUGAUGAGGAAGUUGUGGGUACAAAGAAAGAGAUUUCUGUUGACAAAGUUUCUAAUUCUGAGAAGCAAAAUGAUUUAUUAGUGACAUCUGAGGGCAACAAAUUGGAUUCUCCAAAGGGAGGAAUCAAGAGCAAUGCAGAGAACUUGGUCAAGGGAGGGAAGCCUCCCAUUGCUGUGAGGUAUAAGAGGCUUGCUAAAAGAACUAGGGCAGCCAAAAGAGUGACUGAUACUUCUGAUAAUGGCGAUGAAUCCCCUUCAAAGAUCCUGCGUGCUGAACCAGAUGAUGACUUCCAGUGAUUACUGAAGUGCCUCAUCUGGUAACCUUUCCAUUUUGCUAAUUCCAUUUUAUUAGAUGCCUUCCAUACCAUCAUUUUGUCGGUGAUAUUCCAACUAUGAAUUGCUAUUUGUUUGUUGUUCUAAGCUUCUCCGAUCACAGGUGCAUGCCUGGUUUUUGUUAAACAUAUGUUCUUUGUUUUUCAGUGUGCAAGACGCAUCUGUAGCUUAACCUCUUAGACUUAUAUUUAUAUAUAUAUAUAUAUUUACUUUGAG